AGCGGCGCUGCAGUGCCGGGUGCAGCUGCUCGACGGGACCGAAGUCACGGUGGAGUUGCCCAAACAUGUGAAGGGGCAAGACCUGUUUGAUCAGAUUGUGUAUCAUCUCGACCUUGUGGAAACAGAUUACUUUGGCCUACAGUUCAUAGAUACAUUCCAGAUUAUGCACUGGUUGGAUCUUUCAAAACCCAUUAAGAAGCAAAUAAAAAGUGAGCCACCAUAUAUGUUUCACUUUAGAAUCAAAUACUAUUCGUCAGAACCAAACAACCUUCAUGAGGAAUUCACAAGGUACCUGUUUGUAUUACAACUAAGGCAAGAUAUUCUUUCAGGAAAAUUGAAAUGCCCUUAUGAAACAGCUGUAGAACUUUCAGCUUUGUGCCUUCAAGCUGAACUUGGUGACUGUGAACUUCCUGAACACACUCCAGAACUCGUGUCAGAAUUCAGAUUUACUCGUAACCAAACCGAAGCAAUGGAAUUCGAAAUUUUUCAAAAGUGGAAGGAGUUCAGGGGGAAAAGCCCAGCCCAAGCAGAAAUGUGCUAUUUGAACAAAGCAAAGUGGUUAGAAAUGUAUGGGGUAGAUAUGCAUAUAGUUAAGGGAAGAGAUGGUUGUGAAUAUGCGCUUGGAUUGACACCAACAGGUAUCUUGAUCUUUGAAGGAGCAAACAAAAUAGGCUUGUUUUUUUGGCCUAAAAUCACUAAAAUGGACUUUAAAAAGAGCAAGCUGACGCUUGUGGUGGUAGAAGAUGAUGAACAGGGUAGAGAGCAAGAGCACACAUUUGUUUUCAGGUUAGAUAAUGCUAAAACAUGCAAACACCUCUGGAAAUGUGCGGUGGAACAUCACGCCUUCUUCCGGUUGCGCACGCCUGCAAACAGUAAAUCUAGCCGGUCGGAUUUUAUCAGGCUGGGAUCCCGUUUCCGUUUCAGUGGCCGAACAGAGUACCAAGCAACACAUGGGUCCAGGUUACGCAGAACCAGUACGUUUGAAAGACGGCCCAGCAAGCGGUAUCCGUCCCGAAGGCACUCAACUUUCAAAGCAAGCAACACUGUCAAAGCAUCACAACUUUGUGUUAAAAAUAAUCCAGAAAUCCAUAACCAUCAGUCCCCAUAUCACCCAAGUAUACAUUCCGGCCAAUCACACUGGCACCCUCAUGCUCCAGUGAAUAUAAGCUACCCUUUGAACAACAAUGAACUUCGCCCAUUUAAUGUUGAAGAAAAUGGUGGAACACCAUUUACUGCAAAAAUGCCUGGAAGACACCACCACCACCACCACUAUCACCACCACCACCAUGGCAGCUAUGGGCCACUUGCUCCUCCAGACAAUAAGGAAGCUGUAACUGGCACCCCAAGUCCAAACAGAGUUCCCCGUCAUUAUGAAGAUGAACCUCUCCAUUUAAAGAAGAUGGAGGUGGAAACAGUGAAAGUAGUAAGACCUUGGCCAGCUCUUCAUAUCAGCACAAACAAGGCUGAAGAUAAGAAAAUAUCAGAGAGAAAUCUUCAUCCUCCUCUGUCACCUUCCUCUGUACCUGACCAUUUGAAAUGCAACAUCCUUAAAGCUCAAGUAGAAGCAGCUUUUCGAGGAAAUGCUCAGGUUGAAAAUGAAGAUACUUCUCUGGUUAACCCUCCUCUGUUAAGUCCUACUAAGAUUUCCAGCCUGCAGGACCUUAAUGGGAGAAGUCCUCCCCCUUCACAGCCAGAGUCAACACAAACAAGUAGUGCAUCAGAUAAGCAGGAAAUCAAACCACCACGUGUGAGGAGGCUGACAAGGCAAUACAGCUUCGAUGAAGAUGAUCUUCCCCCAGCACUGGCGGCAGCAGUGGGAGCCUCUCCACCACCCUCAUCAGCAUCUCCUGCUUCACAUAAAGCAACUUCAGAAGGACAUUUUUCUUCAUGUACAAAGAGUCCUACUGAUACUGGAAGUACAUUUCCCUUGGAACCUGGAGAUCUUCUGAUGGAUUUCACGGAAGCCACACCUCUGAUAAAGACAUUCCCUGCUGCUACAUCUAAUCCUUUUUUCGAUCCUUUUCCAACACUACCACAGUUUUCUGCAGACUUCAGAGACAAUAAGCUACAGUGCUGUGUUGUACUGCCAUCUCCAAAGACAUUAUCGCCAGUUAUUCCAAGGUCUCUGGUGGAAAACAUGCCAACUCCCACCGUGCAGACCAUCCAUUCGUCUCACAAACCUAUUUCUUUGACAGACAGUGUUGAGCCUUUGAGGCAUGAACUUGAGAGAGAAAAGAUGAUGAAGAGAUUGCUGAUGACAGAAUUGUGAAACAGCUUUGUUUCAUGUGGAAAAUGGAUCAGGACCUUUUCCGUGCCUUCCACCUUGUUUACAUUCCUCUGCUUCUGUGUAUGUGAUGCAUCAUAAAAGUGUGAUGCAUCCAAACCUUUUCAAUUAAACACAGUUGGCUAAAAAAAUGCAUAAAUUUUGAGGACUUGCUUUAUAUAUUUGAUACUAUGGUCAGGGUCCACAGAAUAAUGCAGUUAGCUGUUUGAGUCCUGGGAGACUAGAUGAGUGUGUUUCCUGAGACAACAGGCCCCUGCAUCUCCAUGGUACAGUUUUUAAAGCUGGAAGUGGUGUGAACAGCAGAUUGUGAACCUGCUGUACAAAGAGAGGGGGUGGAGUUUUAAAAGUCCACUGGAUGAGACUCAAUAUGAAUCUAAGCAGCUCUGUGGGCCCAGUCUAUGAUUCCUUCUCUCCUGUAUUUCUCCAGAGGAUUUAGGAUUUUAUGUAAGUACAGAACUGGAAUUGAGGCUAAUUUUUGGUAAAUUGAAGACAAAAAGAAACAGUAAGGAACAUAUACUGAUUUCUAUUCAGAAAAAAACAUUCUGUAUAUAUGUUAAUAACUGCACAGAUAAAUGUUGUGCAGUAUAUUUUGAUAGCAUAUUUGUAUAUCUGAUAAUUGCACCAAGCUACUGCUGUUCUGUUUGUUUAUAUAUAUAUCACUUCCAUUGGUUAAUAAAUUAUCUUAAGUGGAAGAAGAAUAUCAUACCCUAGGAUUAAGUGUCCCUUGAAAAAUAAAAUAAAAUUUACAUUCCUAGUUUCCAUUAUUAUAGAAGGAAGGAGUGAGGAAAACCAUUUACAAUUUCACAGAGGUAAACCCCUGCCAUUUUUAUUUCAUUUCUGAUUUUUAAAACAUCCACAUCUACCAAACAAUUCACUGACUCUGGCCAGGAUCCUCUUGGUUUGCAUGAUCACAGAAUAGCAAUCACACAAGCAAUGUACACUGUUAUGUGGAUUGUAUGUUGUGGACUCAUGUCCUUGUUGCAUAAUUGGUUGUGUAACUGCUCAGAGGACAGCACAAACAGUCAAAAGCACUUACACAGUUGCCCUUAUAUGCACAGUGAAACCCAAGAGGAUUCUGCCCCUAGGGUUGGUCUCCACUCGAUCAUAUUAAGCAAAUCUAAAAACUUGGAGUUCUUGUAACUGAAACUCUGAGCCUGCAAACAGCUGGAUUUAAGUUCACCUUUCAUGCUAGAAAACUUUAUUCAGAAUUGUCUUGUGUAAAAACUGGAAACAUAUGCAAGCAUUGGUGGAUUGAGAGAUUUUAAAGAAUAGCACAGAAAGGUCCUCAUACUUCACGCAGAAAUCUCCAUAUCACAGUCAAAGUGAAAUAGUGCUAUCCACUGAUAUUCAAUAAUGCUUCAGCAAUGACUACUGAAGCUUGGCAAUCUAUCUCCAAGAGUCACAGAUUUCAGACAUCAAAUCUUCAAAAUACUAUCAUAUUUGAUGAUUUUGUGAUGAUAGCUUUGUAAAUUAAGCACUCUUACAGAAUGUUUCAAAUUUAGAAUACAAACUUUGCAAAGAAAAUUUAACUUUAAUGAAGAUGUUCUUAGUUUUGUCACUUCCUGAAAAUAUCCGUAGCAUAGCUUUCACUUGUUAUUAUCAAUAAAAAUUGUUACAUACACUUAGACAUGAGAAUAUUACAUACUUUCAUAUCCCAGUAAUUCAAAGUAUCUCAAUAAUUCAAAGUAAAUUUGCUUAGGCCUAUGCUUGCAAUGUUCUGAAUGACUUUACUGUUGGCUUGAGAGAUAAGGAUAAAUAAGAUGACAGUAACAAGUGACUGGCUUAAAUUGUUGACAAAAUCAAAUUACUGUGGCUCUAUUAUCACAUUGACAGUAGUAGAAGAAACCCAUUACACAAGAAAAGGCCAUUAGUGUAAGAUCUGAAGUGCACCUACUUCCCUACUGAACCUAUUUUGUAAGGAGUUGAGAGAAUAUAUUCACCCCUGCCAUAGACAUUGGAAACCAAUAAUAACUCAUAAAGUCAAUCCUUUAAAAGUUCACAGAUUUCAGAGGUGGUAACAUUAAUGAAUGGGAGUUUCUUUAAGCCACAAAUCCAUUUCUUUCAACAAUAUCUUCAUACAUAGGUUUCUCAUUGAUCUCUCUUUUGUGUACAUACUGUUACUCCUGGGGCAAUCUUUUGAUCAUUUCACCACAGAAGUUGAAGAAAAAGCACAUGUUUGAUAUCCUAGAAUUUACAGCUAUAGGAAUGUAUUACAACUUAUGUUUAAUUUAGGUGAAAUACUGAGAUUGAAUGACUGCCACAAUAUGUAGAUGCUGUUUGUUUCAAUCAAAGCACUGUGGUAUUUGUGUUUAAGAACUUCUCAUUUUGAAGUUACGGAAUUGAUAAAAUGCACCUAUGCCUCUGCAUACCUUUAUUUAUGCCCUGAAAUUGCUGAAGUGACUAAGGGUUUCACUGCCAGAGCUUUAAAGGCUAGCAAAAUCUGAGAUUCCAGAAAGUUGGUUUUGCAUGUAGACCUUUCAACACAGGCUCAGUAUGAACAAAUAUCAUGUCAGAAGCCUUAUCCUUGAAGGAGAAAAGAUUCUGUCAUUUAUCACAACACUUCCUGAUUGUCCUUAUUGUGAUAAUCACUCAACCUCUGUAUUUCCCUUGCAAUUCCUUUCUCUUGCAGUUCCUACUGCAACUUUACAUAUGCCUGUUCCAUUCCAGUCUUACAGUUCUCCCCUCUAUGCUACUUUGGUCUUAUCAUUUGCUGCACAUUCUGUGAUGUCUGCCACCCUCAUGUGACUAUUUUAAGAGGCUUAACAGGCAAUGUGCCAAUGGCCAUCAGAACUUCCCCAUUCUGAUGUGCAUUGUGUGCCAUAUGACACACUUCUUUUAUACUGAAGUGGACCAAAAGGGAGAUGAGGGGAUUAUUAUGACAAUGCCACACUCUCUUUCUAUCAUGUUGUCGUGCCAUUAUAGUGACAAAGAAGGCACACAGCGAGUUAGACAUGUAAGACGUACCAGGAGGCCAGAAUGUGACACUGGAGUCUCAAGCUCAAUGUACAAGGUUGGUUGUGGUUUUCAUGACAUUUCACUGACAUAUCCUCAUGAAAAUGUACAUUGUCAAUUCUGGGAAGGAACAAUAAGUGUAGACCCAUAUUGGAGGUGCAUGGCUGUAUUCAAAUGAUGCAGAUAAAAGCAGGAUUUACCUGUGGUGCUAUGAAAGCAAGUCUCCAAUUGCAAAGUGGGACAAACAGUCAAGCAGACCAGAAGUAUGAAUGAAGACUUGGUCAAGGUAAGGGUACUUUCUCAUGCAGAUGGCAGCAUCCAUUUGGGCUAUGUGUGGUGCAUGUGGUCAUCAAAGCUUAAAUAUAACACACUCACCAGACAGAAUGUGAUAGGAAAUCAAAUACUCCCAAACACACUGAAAUAGUUCAUCAUGUGGCUUUUUUUCACAUAAAAAUUGGUUAACAUAGAUGUUCAUUGGGAAUCAUAGGCAUACAUUGUAGGUUCUGCCAAAUACAUGCAUGCAUACAUACCAAGACACUUUGCAAGGCUAAAGUGUAAUAAAUUCCCUGUCUCAUCUCUCCCCUCCCCCUGUCCCCACCUCUGGUUUUUCUAUUAGGUACCCUUCCUAAGAGAAAUGCCAGUGAAAAUUAAGUUUGAGGUAAGCAAAGAGAUUUUUGCUUGGAUUUAGAUAUGACAUAUUGGAUAGAUCUUGAAACAUAUAUAGAUUUUUAGAAUGGAAAUUACAGCACACUGAACCUGUUUGUACUCUAUAAACUGAAAACAUGUUAUAGCCAAGUUUUGUUAUUUCUGAUGUCAGUGGUAUUUUCCAUUCAUCUUAACAUUUUACAUUAGCCAUAAGGCCAUAGCCAACGGGUACACUGUUGCAUCAUUUUAAUUCUAUGAUUUUUGAACUCCAAUCUGUAUUGGCAGGGGUCAAGAUUCAUAGGGCAGUCAUGAAGCUAAGGGGAGUUUUUCUAUUCUAGCUUAUUACAGGCAAUGAGAUCAGAGUUUGGUGGAUGAAAUGGUUUGUGUACAUGUGUAAAUAUCCCCAAUGUUAUAAUUUUAUUGGAUCUUAAGAAGAAAUGAGCUGGAUCCUUACAAAUAUGUUUAAUUGGUACAUUCUUUUUCUCAGUUUAUUUUAAACAUUGCAUAGAGUUGCCCAUAGACAUACAGCCUAACACCGAUCCUCCUGAAAAAAAACACUACACUUUCCAUUUGAAACUUUUUGUGAAGUUCUAAAUCCAUAUUAAUCUUGGUGCAAAGUUCUCAUUAAGAUGAUUUCUCAUCAACAUGGUCCACAUCAGUCUGACAUUAGUUAUUUUGGUAUUAGGCUACCCCUUCAGCUUUUCUUUUACAGACUGUUUAGCUAACAAUUGGAAUAUCGUAGUUAAAAAGUUUGAUUUAGCUGUUCUUGGAGCCUUCUUUUUGUAUAAUUCAUGUUGUCCUUUUGGGUUAACAGAAGCCUAAAAUAGGAUGCUGCUGUUUCUUUCUUUUUAAAAUUACCUGAUGCUCAAGGAGUUUGCAAUAAAUAUACUGAGAGUGACCUGUUUUUUUGCAUGCAAGAUCAGCCCCAAACACAUGUUUUUGUAAUUCUGAGUGCUGUAAAGGAAUCCUAGAACAAUAGGAGAAGGGAGAAACAUUGUUGGGGGACAUUCCUGGCAGGACCAUGCUACUUCCAUGAGCAUGGUACUAAAUGAGCAGCAGCCUGGAUCAGAAGACAGCAUGCUAUGGCAUUUGUAAGUCAACCAUGUCUUUAGAGGGAAUAUCUGUGGCUGAACUGUUUACCUGUUCCUGUAUUAAUGCCUGCAAUAAAAGAACUGACAAAAGAUGCAUGAUCUCAUGGCAAUUUGUUUCCACAUCAAAUAUUUCAGCAGCGUAUAGUCCUCUCACACUCAGGAGAGGUUACUACUUAGUCCCA